AGCAGCUCUUGCAGCAGCGCGUUGGAAGACAGCUCGGCCAUGAUUCAACCUCUCAGAACAAGAAAUCCUCAUAAUCAACCGCAACCAUGAUGCACCCUUCGAGAAGAGCAUAUGUAGAGGAAGCAGAGUCAGAGGAUCGAGGUGGCAUUGAUCUGAACUCUAUCCCCAUCGAUCGUGACUAUGAUAUACCAGGGGCCGGAAGUGGCAUUGCGCCUGAAAAGGCCUCGGCCCUUCUAUCGCAGUUCGAGCGGAAGAGGUUAGCUGCAACGAUCGCCGUCCCCACCGACGAUGGGCGAGUACGGGCGAAGCUUCGGGAAUUGGGCGAGCCAGUCACACUCUUCGGCGAAGGCCCAGCGGAUAGGCGCGACAGACUGCGGGAGCUGCUCACGGAGCAAGCGCAGGCGCAGCAAACGGCCAGCCGGGAGAGCGUGGAUGUGGAGAUGGCGGAUGCGGAGAAGGAUGAGGAAGAGGAAGCCGAAGAGCAAGAGGAGGAGUUCUACUCCAGGGGAACAGACGAGCUUCUCCAGGCACGCAUAAACAUCGCCCAGUACUCCAUUGGACGGGCGAAACGUCGUAUCGAGUUCCAAAGGAAGGAGUCCACCAUUCCCCUACGCACACACAUCAAGUUCCGGAAGGAGAUCAAGGAACGGCUGCAAACCUUCGAGCUCCAGGGCAGUCAGACAGCAGGAGACCGACAUGUCAGCAUGACGCGGAUAUCGCCAAACGGGAAGAUAGUGGCAACUGGGAAUUGGGGGGGCCAGGUCAAGCUCAUCGACAUUCCCAGUCUCGAGCACAAGCGAACGUUAAGGGGUCACACGAAUAAAAUCAGCGGAAUAUCGUGGAUGCCCGGCGCUACCUUACCCGAGCGCAACGUUUCGGAGGAGACAGUAAAUCUGGCUUCAGGGGGUGCCGAGGGCCAGAUCCACCUCUGGUCGCUAUCGCAGGACACGCCUCUCUCUACGCUGUCUGGACACUCACAGCGGGUAUGCCGAGUUGACUUUCAUCCCUCUGGGAAGUACCUGGCAUCGGCGUCAGAGGAUACUUCGUGGAGGUUGUGGGACGUCGAGACGACAACAGAGCUACUUCUUCAGGAGGGUCAUUCGCGCGGCGUUUACGCAGUCAGCUUCAACACUGAUGGGUCGCUGCUAGCCAGCGCAGGCUUAGACAGCAUUGGGCGAAUCUGGGACUUGCGUUCGGGUCGGACCGUCAUGAUCCUGGACGGCGGCACAGACGGCCACAUCAAGCCUAUCUAUGGGCUAGAUUGGGGUUCGGACGGCCACCGCGUGUUGACGGCCUCCGCUGACGGAUGGAUCAAGUGCUGGGACGUCAGAAAGGUGCAACGGACGGCGGGCAUCGGCGCGCACACAAGUGCGGUGUCUGAUGUGAAGUGGUUCAGGGGCCUUGAUGACCCUUUGGAGGGAACCCCGCCGGGCGAGGAUGAGAAGGGCAUGCAGAUUCCCAAGAAGUCGAGCACCUUUCUUGUUUCGUCAGGGUUCGACCACAAAAUCAACAUCUUCUCGGCGGAUGACUGGGCUCUGGUCCAGUCGCUCACCGGCCACACUGGCCCUGUUGCAAGUGUGGACGUGAGCAGGGACGGGAGAUGGAUCGUAAGCGGUGGCCAUGACCGGACAGUCAAGCUAUGGGGAAGAAACGACUCGGCCGGGAUGUACGGCGACGAGUAGGGUACUAGAGGAUAACGAACAAAUAGGCAGGAUUCUCGCGUUAUCUCCAAUCUGAGAACACAAUUGAUACCCAUGUACUUGUACCUCAUUCGUCAUCCAUGCUUGAGUAGCGUCUAAAACUCAUGAUGCAUCAGGUACUGAAGAGUGUUUGGAGACUGCGGUUGGCGAUUGGUAGAAACUACUAAUAGUGCUAGCAAACUAUACAGAAAAAACGCACCUAUAUACCUAAAAUAUGAGUCUCUAUGGAAACCAGGAGAGGAGAAUUCCAAUGCCUCAUAUAGUAGGGAUUAUAACAAGAAGCAACGAGUGAGUAUCACUUCUGUUUACCAACGAAGCGUGCACACUGUAACUACCUGGUAGGUACCUACCUAAUAAGCCCAGAACCCUGCAAU